CGCAAACCUGUGCACAUGAAAAUCGUGAAUUUCAUUCAUGGUUUGAAGAUUAUAGAGGUUUUGCUGCUAUUAUGACAAUCUUGGCUGGCGCUGACAUUAACUUUUUACGAUUAAUGUGCUCUAAGUUUGGUGGUUUUCGAAUGUUCUCUUGUGGAUUUUCCAGUGCCGCAUUAAAAACUAUUGUUUCAAUCGAAUUUAUUAAUUCUAUUAUUGAAGAUAUUCCUCAAUUUAUUAUUCAGAUAUUAUAUAAAAUUCAUACAACUGGUUACUCCACAUUUUCUCAUCGUGAGAAUAAAAAUAAUAAUACUCAGCUUGUAAUUCCGGAAUCAGUACAAACAUUAAAUGUUCUAAACAACAAUUAUUAUGGUCAAGAUUAUCAACACAAUCCUUCUAUUGAACGACGUCAAAUCGG